AUGGACGGGCGCUUGAAACCCGUGCGCGCGCGCGACAAGCGCCGCUCGUUCUUCUACGACCAGCUACCGCCUCCAGGGUCGGGUCCUAUGUUUCACGCGGGGGAUGAGCCUCAGCCGCCUGCGGGGGGGCGCGUGAGUACGCCUUCAGCAGCCGCUGCGGCGGCCGCGGUCGCGGAGGCGGCGGCGCAGGCGUCGGAGGCGGGCGCAGCCUCCACGCGCGGGAGCGUCUCCUCUGCCGGAGGGGCUCUCGGCAGCGGAGUGCACCUGUUGCCGCGAGCGGGGGCAGGGCCUCGAGGGUCGGUCGCCUUCGAUCUCCCGGGGGGCGCAAUCGCGAGCAGCGCCAGCGCCGCGCAGGCCGCUGCCGCUGCGGUGGCGUCGCUGCAGAUCGAGGCUGCUGCUGAGCGUGACGGUCCCAUGCGCCCGACUCUAAAGCACAUGCAGUCGUUAGCGAAGCUGCCCAUUGGCGGAGCUGAGGCAAGCAGCGGCUCCGGCGAGCGGCAUUGGACCGCUGGCGGAGGCGAGGGCGGCAGACGCCUGGCCAGGGCCGCGCUAGCCGCCACGGCGGCGGCCUCGCUGGGCUCGAUGCGGCGCGGAAAGAGAGACAGCAUCGGCGGGCGGAGCUCGAAAACAGGAUCGAUUCUAUCGGGGAAAGACGAAGGAGAAAAGGAAGAUGUGGUUGGAAGGCGACGACACAGCUCCCUGGGGUCGUCCGAUAACGUGAAGGGGGGCGGCAGCGACGAUGAGGAGGAACCCACCGACAGCGCGGCAUUUGAGAAUCAAGGACAACUCGGCACGGACUUUAUGCGAAAUGUGCCUUCCGUCGUCGGCAUUCCUGUUUACGGCGUCGCGACAGGCGUCACGUUUGGGAGUUUCGUAGGGCUGCUUCUCCUUUCCUUUUUCACGUUCCAUGUGUUCACGAGUUGGUAUGACGCCAACAUUCUCUCGCAAGACAUACCCCUCCCACGCACAGGUUUAGACGCGAGCCUUCAUUUGCGGAACUGCGCGGUCCAGUUCCACCGUUUGUCUGACGACGACAUCGCCGCGGGCCGCGGAAGUUUUUUACGCAUGUCUGCUUGGUUGGGAUUCCAGGAACGGUCGCACCGGGCGAGGUCCGGUGAAGAGGCAGAGAGCCACUAUAGGCCUUGGACCUGGAGGUCUCCACACGAGCUCAUGAUUCGUCUGCGAAUCUCAAGCUACGAUCCCUGGUUCCGGUGUUCCAUCCGUUUUUAUCUGGCGGAGAACUUUGAGUUCAACUCCCUAGACAUCCUGUUUCUACCUGCAGACAACUACGUCAACCUCGACGCGAAUAUUCCGGUGAUCGUCAAGGAGCGCCUUUCCCUAGAUGCGUUCCACGCGUUCAUUCGGUUCCACUCCAUCGAAGCGAAAUCGAUAUCGCUGUCGCUAAUUGAGGGUCAUCUCGAAUUUCUCCUCGACGGCGUCCCGUCGCACUACUCAAACCAGCCCAUCUCGAUCAACAGUCGCACUGCCAGCGUCUCCGUGCAAAGCCGGUCGCCCCUGUCGAUCUCGAUGGACGCUGACGCUGCGGCGCGGAGUCUCCUGCGGGCGUCAGGUCGCAUUUCGGUCUCGACGCCCUCGGGAAUUACCAGUCAUAUGGCAGACACUGCACCAGGGUCCAAUGGCCAGAGCAAAGAGGAAGGAAAUGGAGGCGGCAGCUCCGUUUUCUCCACCGAAUCCUCGCCGACAGUGCACGCGCUGCUUUACCCGUCAGACGCCUCUCUAGUCUUCGCCGGCAUGAUGGCGAUUCCGAUCACAUUUGAUUGCGAGCAAUGCGCCUUCUACGGAACGGCUCGCACGCUGAGCGAGUCUCUCGAAGAGACUUCGAUGGAGACCUGGGUCGGGCAGGUCCACUCGGCGCAGCCGCACUUAAUCCCGUACGCGGAGGAGAAGGUCUCCUCGGCGCUGCGCUGGGUGAUGGGAGAUCCGUCCGCGCCCUGGGUCAUCAAUGUGGAACCCACGGGGCUGCCGGAGGCAGCCGGCCUGUGGCGCGUGCUCUCCAGCAACGCCUACCUGAACACCGUCAACUGGUUCGUUAUCCUCUCCGGAGGUACCUUGACGCCGCGGACUCUGCACGUUCCUCUGCAGAUCAUGGGACUUUUCUGUCGCAGCGUGAUCGACGUAGACGAAAACGACGUCGUCGCAGACGUCAUCACGUCGGCGGAAGACUACAUCGCGGGCAGCGCGUCGCAUUACUUCACUCGAAAGCGGCAGGGCGACGCGGGUUCGACGGGCUCCAGGCGCGGGUUUGGGAGACCGUACCAGAGCGGGGGCGACGACAGCGCGACGCCGAAAACCGCAGCCGAAUACAUGUGGGCUGCCUUCGGGGGCACAUCCAACGCGGCAGGAGGCGCGCAGGUGGAGCAGACCGGAAGGAGACUCCAGGCAGUGCCUGAAGAAGGCGAGGUGAAUGGCGGAGGCCCGGAUCAGCCGGCGCCGGAAGCAACUGCAGAGAGCCAGGGACGUCCUGAAAGAGGGAAGGCGGGGGCCCACCGGCCGAGCUAUCCGCCAGGAAGCAGAGACAAGUAUCGCUACCAGUUGCUGCAGAGCCGACAGAAACUCUAUGGCGAGUACUAUGCAGUGAAGAAGCAGAACGAGAAUAAACUGCGUGAGGCAGCCGCCGAGGCAGCCAAUCCUUUUGCAGCGGGCUCCUGGUCACCCUCUCUUCUGCAUGCGGACGACGUCGGCCCCUCUAAACUCGGGCAGCACUCGAGGCAAGCGAGCAGAUCCAUACUCGGGUACGAGGACGACGGAUGGAAUGUGAAGAACAAGACGGACCACGGGAUCUAUCCGUAUCUCUACCGGCCUUCGUCACUUCCUACUGUCGCCUCCUCAAGCCUUCUCGACUUGGGAGACAAAGAGCGCGCCUUCAUCCAAGACGCAACACCGGCGCCGGUGCGCAUGCUGCUUGCCAAGGACUCCGCGUACCCGGGGACCUCUGUGGGUCCCACGAAGCCGCUGACCAUGUGCAUCAACGAGGUGAUUGAAGAUACGUUCCUUGUCCUCUGGAACGCCUUCAACGACACCCGCACGCCGUCGACACUCUACGUGUGGACGAAGGAGUACGGUGGCACCGAGUAUCUUUAUUCGGUCCUCAGUGACGCGCUCGUCAAGACUCGCGUUGGGGUCCGAGACACCUGGUACUUCAUGGUGGCCAUCGUGAUCAACCUGGUUGCCACGUUCGUCCUGGGCGCCUUGGCUGUGUACGCCGUCUACGCGCACUUCAUUCCUCGCUUGAAAGAGCAGGACAGAGAGGCCGUUGUUCUGCGCGACGCCAGCCACAGACUGGACCACGAAAUUUCCGGUAGCACGUCCGCCGCAGACGCGGAGUCGAGUUGGAACGUGAUGGUGUCGCGUGUGCACUACCCCUGCCAUGGCUUGCUUCUGCGCUGGUCGGCGCCGGAGGGCCUCGGCUCGUUUGUUCGUCUGGGCGUCCACAUUCGUCCCGCGGACGUCGCUUGGGCAGAGGCCGCGAACGACACCACAGCCUUGCUCAAAUAUGCAAAGAAAGAGGUGUAUAUCUACCUCAACGCGUCGAGCGUGCAGACCGUCCAUCAACUCGGCUUGAACCAGAAAGAACUUUUCCUUCCGAUUCGACAUCCCGGCAUGGUGGAGCUAGAUACGGCUCAGAGCUUCAAACUGGAUACGGAGAUCAAAUACCGCGUCCGGCUCGUGCGGUUCACAAGCCACGGUCGCGCUCUCGAUCAGUCUCGCUGGUCUCCGGAGAUCAUUCUCGGCGGCGGCAUGACCUUCACAGACUACCCCAUCCUCGUGAUCAAGCGCCUUCUCCCUUCCUCCGUAUCCUCCCUCGAUAUUUUUUUGAGAAAAUUCACCUAUGUCGCCAGCCACUUCUCCAUCCCCGUCACGCUGACAAACAUCAAACUCCAACUCUUCGACAUGCCGCCGGAAGCCAAGGCGAGGCAUCUAGGCAGGCUCGGGUCUGGAGCACUUACACGCUUUCGGCGGUCGUCGCUCGUUGGCGACGACACAGAGACUGUGAAGCGCUGGGGCUCGGACGUCGAAAACGUCCUCGAAUCGAUUACCUGCAACUACACGGCUAGUGCACACUUCGGCUACAAGGCCCAGGUGGCCAAGGAUAUUCGCACGAGGACCGGCCGCCGCAUCUACUCGGAAGUCCGCUUCCAGGGCCACCCGACGGUGGUUGAGCCUGACCGCCAGGACUCCGGCGACCAACGUCCCUACCUGGAGCUGAGCGCGACGAACAAGAACCUCCGCUUGCUGAAAGAUCGUAUCGCCCACAACACGAUCGGAUUUGAAGUCGUGGCGGGCGUCACUGGCCAGGUGCUCGCCUACGGCACCAUCCGCUUCGAGGACUUGUACCAAAUUGUCCGCGAGACAGUUCGAAACCAAACGGCCGAAGAAGAGCGAAAGGAAGAAAAUGGAGACGUAGCCCAAGAACGCGCGAAGACGGCGGGAAGGUUCCGCGUCGGACUCGAAUACGUCGACGGCGGAGGGCCGUGGGGUCGCCUGGAGUGCAGCCUCGACAUCGAAAACAUUCGCAGCUAUAUUCGACACUUCGAUAAAGAGGAGACGGCCGAGCCGGUGCCGCAAAGGCGCAGGAUGAGAAUGAGGACGACCAUCCAGACCAUCAAGCCGCGACACCCCGACGAAACCGACGGUGACGCCAGCACGGCCCCGCUUGCGCACGCGGACACGCCCCCAACUCAAGGGGGGCGCCGCGGGCGGCUGUCGCGGGUCGAGGGAACCUCGCAAGACAUCUUGGCUCAGCUCGGACUGUUGGAGGGCAGCGACCCGAGCGACACUACGCACAGCGAUCGCGACUCGGCAACGCGCAACUCGACAGGCGUGAUUGAAAUGACCAGCCCUGUGCUCCGCGACGGACGGAAGAAGGGCAGACUCUCGACACGGCUCGAAAUCCCUGGCGACUCCGAGGGCCUCCAAGUCCCACUCCUGAGCGCCGCGGAGAGCUCGCCAACGGCGUCUCCCACGGCACGCAUGUCACGUGUCUCGGGCAAGCGAGUCUCGCUGAUGACGUCGGCGACGACGAUCGGGCGUGACAGUCUGCCCUACUUCGUGCGGGACUCGCCGGGGCGGCCACUGCUCCAGGGCGCUGACUUGUUCGUGCAGUGGGUCUGGCCUGACUCCGCCGCACACCCUGAGCACGUCUUUCUCUGCCUCUUUCGCCACGAAGAUGACAAAUACAUCUCUGCGCUCCACUGGGGGCGGCCGAUCCCAAACACCGGAAGCUACGCGUGGAGCGUCGACACGAGUUUCGAGAGAGGACAGCAGUGCCAACUGGUCUAUAUCGCCAUGUUUACGAGCCCGCUGGAGCCGCCCUACGACGCGUCAGGGGCCGUGUGUGAAUCAAACGCCUUCUAUAUCGUUCGGCCGACGCCUCUUGCUGAGCUCGAGCUCAUCUACGCUUCCUUCUGCCGCACUCACGGGCUUGAGAUGGAGCACAUGUCUGAAGCGGCGCUUCAUCGCCACGGAUUCGACGUGAGAGAGCACAUGCUUAAGAUCUGCGAGGACCUGCGGGCGCCGCUCUGCACAGAGGCGCAGCGCGCAGAGGCUGUGCACUGCCCCGGUCAGUGUCUGAUCAGCACGCAGUCGAAACUGGUGAUGCUUGACCGGGCGAGCGACGACGUUCACGGCGCAGCCGCCGCCGAGGAAAAACAGGUCGUCGUCUACAAGUCCGUCACGCGGAAGGUGCGGCUGAUUGAGAACUUCGGUGUCGUUCGGGACGUCGACUGGUGGACGAGCAGUCCGGACAUUCUGCUGCUGAACAAUGACCUGCUGUACUCUAGUGCGCUGCUGCAGCAUUCCCGCUCGCUGCUGUCGCACCUGCGCUUCUUCUCGCCGUUCUCCGGCAGGAUCUACACACCGAGCGCCUCGCAGUGGCUGAUCGAGUCUGAGAGCAGCGCGCCUUGGACCGUCGCGCGACGCUUCGAGUUCCAACUGCUCACCAGCCUCAUCAACGUCUGGAUCAUCUGCAUCCAGUGCAUCGUCUACUUCGCCUUCCCCGUCUUCGUCCUCGCGUUCACCGCCAUUCACAACUACAGCCUAACUGUCACGACGCGCUCUCUGCAAAAGCAAAAGAACGAACACUACUUCAGCGACGUUAUCUUUGAGGCUGACAUAAAAUCUCUAAUGCGCCUCCCGCCCGGCAACCGACUGAUAAUCAUCUUCACGUUCCUCUACAUGUGCGUUAUGACCGUCGCGAUCUUCUUCAACGUGUUCCUGCGGCAAAGAUUCCCACGCGCCCUCCGUAUGCUGGACAUCGCGGGCCGCGUGCUGGUGACGUUUUCGAUUUUCUCGACGGCUUGGGCGCUCUCGGCAUUUGUUUUCUGGUUCCUCCUUGGAGCCCUGGUAAACUCGGAUAGCUUCUUGCCAUACGCGGCGAUGGUCGGUUCGGUUGUCUUCGUCGUGGGCUACCUCUGGAUGAAUUUCCUCAGCUCCAGGGACGGCGUCACAAAGUUCAUCGAGGACAACAUGCAGCUGCUUCUCUCUCUCGCGCUAGAUCACUGGUUCGCCAACAUGAAUAUCACCUACACCGGCAAAGAACAGGUUGCAGCCGACGAGAUCCUCGUGACGUACCGCGACAGAAUUCACGACGAGCUGCGGGACGGGCGCAUGCGCCUGCAGCGCGAGUAUCAGCUCGGUCACCUCGACCAAGUCGACGAGAGCGUAGAGGGCUCCGCGUCCCGCCUCUACGGAGAUCACACACGCAUAAAGCAACGCAAAGACAAGCUCGCUAUCCCGGUGUUUGACAAGUACACGGCGGCAGCCGAUCAGAGCUUCUACUUCGAUGACAGAGGCCAGCCUCACGGACUGGAAAAUAUCCCCAACCUUCCGGAAGGAGCGCGUUUCGCGACGGUCAGCGAGGUCGGCAGACACUCGGAGAAGAUUGAUGACAUGCUCUCUGGAUGGGAUUCAGCGCUUCUCAAGGACGGCGUCAAAUACGGGCCGCGCUUUGGGUACAAAGUCGAACACUCUCCCCAGCCGGGACAGAGUUACUCCUACGCAAUCGUCGCGCUGCCGCGGUACCCGCCUCCCGACGAGUUGGACGACGUUCUUAAGACGCAGAUGGUUUUCGAUUACUUCAACAAGGAAGGAAAAGACUAUCUCACCUCCACAGAGUUCAUUGCCUUUCUCAAAAAACUCCGCGACAGUCAAGCCGAGGAGCAAAACUGGCCAGAGCUGUGUGCGUACUUCAACGAUAUCGCCAACACGAACAUCGACCCGAAUCGCGGAAUUACGGUCAACGAUCUCCUAAAGAUUUACAGCCUCCAGUCUGGCGAACUGGAUCGCGACUACGAAAAGCUGUAUCCAAUCAUCCGGCAGGACGACCUGGACGAAGACCUCGAAGACCUCGAGCGGCUCUCUGACGACGACGAGAUCAACGGGCAGAGCGAGGAGGACGUCUCCGAAUACGACGAAACGACUGAAGACGAGGACGAAGAAGAAGACGCAGCUGACGCGGAGGGCGACGACGCAGGCGGAUCAAAGACGGUAUCGCAGGAGGAAGAGCGUGUCAAGCUCGAGCUGAAGACGAAUUUGAAUGCGCGCAAGCUCCAAUACAUCUACAACUACGCGACGCAGGAAAACAGGGGACCCGCGAUUGACGAGUUGAUUUCCUCCGUGCCUUUCCUCGCGUCGAAGAUCCUCGAGACGAACAUUUUACUGCUGUCUCCCGUUUUCGGGAAAGAAGCGAUCCUGGGUCUCACGUCCGGAUCGUCGCAGCGCCUCAGCCGCAUCGGCACCGCGGCCGCAGGCCUGGGCAGCCUUGAGGAAGAGCGUCUCUCUGCUGCUGCCAAGAAGGACGAACGCUUUGUCACAAUGAUGAAAGUGAUUCAGCUCGAGUUUGCUCAGGAGCUCUCGCGGCAGUUCCGCCUAGUGCACACGGCGAUGUUUGACAACCACAACGUACGCGCAGGCGUGCAGGACUUUUACGACAACGUGAUUCCGCAGCAGGUCUCGACCAAGGCCUCGCGCCUGCUGAAUCAGAGUCUGGAGCUGUCGCGCGCGGACGUCUACCCGACGAAUGCGGAGUUGCUGGCGGCGCUGCCGCCCAAGACGGCGAGCCAGCUGCUGCGCGCGAUUCAAAAGUACCGAAUCGAAAAAGAUCAAGAACUCAAACAAGUCCUGACCUACAUCUGGAAGUCGCAGGGCGCUCUACAGAUCCAGCUGCAAGUUCACCUCGUGUGCAAAACACUCCUCGACCUGCAGCUCCUAACCGAAGACGAUUUCCUCGCAAACACGAUCGAAGUCCCCACCGAGGGAGGACAAACGCGAGAGUUCCGCGCGCUCUGCCCGAAGGAGCCGGCGUGCCUGAAGCUCAUCACGGAGGCGAUCGACAAGCAGCUAGGCGGGCGGCUCCGGCGCAUGACCUCCACGACGCACCUGGUCCAAGUGCUGCGCCACAUCGUCGACAGGAACCUCUGGUUCGAAUGCUUCAUCUUCCUCGUCCAACUCAUGGGAAACGACAUCUACGUCGACGAGCUCCCCGGAGGCGCAGUCGGCGUCGACGAUUUCACUGGCCCCUUCGGCUACCUCUUUGUCGACCAGAUCGGUGGACCGGACGAAUUCGAAGGCAUUGACGACCCUACGCAGCAGCGCUACCGGCGCAACUUGCUGCGAAUCCGCGCGGUUUUCGACCAGCUGAGCAACUUUGCGGGGUUUUUGCCUCUUGAUCUCGUCGACGAGGCGAUUCAGCUCCUCACGGACAACCGCCUGAACUUCUCCGGAGUCGUCGCGUGUCUCCAGCACCUAAAAAUUGGAAGCGUGUACAUCGAGGACAGCGGUGACCUCGUCAACACCUUUGACCACCUCGGCGUCCGCCGCGACUCGCCUGUCUGUGACAUUGAAGCUUCAAGCGAGACAGUGAACGAGGUGAUUGACUGGACUUCCUUCCGUAAGGAUCCAGGCUGGACGCCAGACUUGUUCCGCGCGUUCGAUCGCCUGACAUCGUCGUGCCCGGGCUAUAUGGGGAAGUCGCAGAUGUUCGAGUUUGUAAAGGAAAUUCACAAACUUUUCCAGCCGCAGGUCUCCGAGAUGCGCCGCGGACGCGACCGUCUGCGAGGCAGAAAGCAGGAACAAAAGGGCGGCAUUACCCAGCUCGGAGGAGUCUCUAGGGAGCAGGCGAUCCGCCAAAUGGGGACAGACGGCGACAUCACCGCGGCGCUCCUGCCCGCCGACGUCACUGUCGAUGCAGCAGAUGAGACCAUGCGGAUGGUUUCCUUCGAGAUGUUUCACAAAGUGGCCUCGAAGUUGGGUCUCUCUGUGAGUCACCGGCACUCGCGCAUUCUUUGGAUUAUCCUCUCACUGGACUCGUACGAAGAAAUGCAGCAGUUCCUGCCUGAGCGCGACGUGAAGCUCGGCUUGAUUCGCAUUUACCUGCAGCCGCUCGUGGGCAGCGGCCGGCCAGCGACCAACCGAGACGACGUCGCGGAAAUAACCGGCUACAAGGGCUACGUCACCUUCGUACUCUUCCGCCGCAUUCUCAGGCAGCUCGGCGUGGUCAUUUCCGAUAAGUCGGCUAGAAUUCUGUGGGACGACAUUCCGAAGGAUCCACUCGACGUCACCGACUUCCUGCCUCCCUCGCUCCUGAACGAAACCUGUCCAACCAAGUACCUGCGCAUCGAAAUGGACAAAGUCGGCAUGGACCCCAUGAAGGGCCGCGUCGCCAGCAUUGACGUCAUCAAGAAAAAACUGCCACGCAUGCUCAUGACGGGUCUCUGGCCGGAGGCGAUUCGCGUGCUGCUGAAGCUUUCCCUGCAGCUGGACGUUCCAGAGAGUCACAUCACGAGUGUGUUGUCUUCGAUGGACCGGCGCGCGAACCGCUACGGCUUGAUUCGCCCGGAGGAAGUGGGAGCGAUUCUGUCAAAUCUCUCGGUGGAGGGCAUGACCUUCUCGAUGCUGCGCGAUGUCAUUCAAAAGAUGCGCGUGGUGAUGCCGGACCAAGACAUCAAGCGCAUGUUUGACCUCAUGGACAUCAACCAAGAUCUCACGCUCUCCCUCGGCGAGCUGCUCAGCGGCUUCGAGGUGCUUUUUGGCCGCCUCAUGCCUGCGCUUGUCCUCAAACAAGUCGGCCUCUCCAACGAAAGGAUGCUCAUCAUCCUCUGCUGUGCCACACUCGGUCUCCUCGCCUUCUUCGGCUUCCUCGGCCUCGCCUUCUCCAGCUUCGAGAGCUUGAAGAGCGGCAUCAGCACAGCAGUGCAAUCGCUGUUGGCUGUCCUCGGAGCGGUCGGACUGCAGUCCAGCGCGAGUCAGGAGAUGGAACAGGUGCAAGAGCGCAUGAAGACGCAUAUCGAGGCGAUCAUGGGCGACCAGCUUUCGAAGGCCAAGGAGCAAGUCGAAGAGCUCCAGGAGUACAUCAAACCCGAGCCACCCUCAAAGGAAGGAAAGCCCACGAAGCUUCGGUACAUCGUUCCUCGCAAAUUCCGUCCGGACCUCGAAGAUCCGCGACCAUGCGUCACGUUCACGCCUGGCUCCUACGUGCGGCUCGACCCGACGGUCUCUGGCCGCGUCGAUCGCGACAAACUCCGGUGGACUAUCACGCCGAGAAUUCCAAAGAAAACGGGACUAACGUUCAACCCUCUAACAGGCAUUAUCGAGGGCACUAUUCCGUUCCACGAAGAGCACAUGGGCUCCUUCCACAUGCCCGCUGGAGCUGACAAGCGCCCGCUCAAAGUGUCGCCGUCGAUGCGGUCGGACUACAUGGAAAACGAUGUGCCGUCAGACGAAAAAGACGUUCACCAUGACGACGUAAUGCGGCUGCCGUCGCAUCACCCCAGCUUCGGGGACAAAGUCAUUCGCCUUGCGCGGAGGACGUACACAGUCGUCGUCAGAAAUUCGGCAGGAUAUGCGCGGACGCGCGUGACAUUCCAGAUCCAGCACAGAGGCUUCUUGGCGCGGCAGCAACAUAAGAAAGAGGCGACAAAAGAUCCGGGCGCCGAAACCCGGCGGGACCUGCGCAAGCGACAAACCGUUCGCCUGGCCGAGGCUGAGACUUGA